AUGUCAGCGGCAGAGUUUUGGGAAACCCUUGAGAUCCCCGCGCGCCACGACACAAAUACAGGGUGUCUGGACAGCGUCCCCUCCGCCACCACAGGACGUGCCGGAGUGGACGUGGCAACAGCAGUAGAAGUAACUUUGUUAGACACAAAGGUGCACUGCAUUCCAUCAAACAUGAAAGGACCUCUUGGUCAUGGAUUAUGUGCGAUAUUGUUGGGGCUAUCGUCAACAUCUCGACAGGGUAUUUCUGUCUUGCCAGGAGUAAUUGAUGCUGAUUACACUGGUGUGAUCGUGAUCAUGGUCCAAACAAUAACGCCACCCGUGAAUAUUGCGAAAGGUGCACGCAUAGCGCAGUUAGUUCCAUUUGAAUCCCGAGUACCAAAAUCUGGCAAACUCCUCGGAGGAGAUGCAGGUUUUGGAUCCUCUGGUUCACCUGCAGUGCUAUUGGCCUUAAAUAUUCAAAAGUCAAAACCAGAGGAGACAGUGAGAAUUAUGGGACCAAAAAAUGAAACCAUUGUUUUAAAAAUGAUACUUGAUACGGGAGCAGAUGUUACCGUAAUUCCCAGAAGACAGCCAAUCCUAAAACUAAGGUGGAAAACUGAAACACCGGUAUGGGUUGAUCAAUGGCCGCUCAAUGCAGAAAAGCUGUCCAAGAUUCAAGAGUUAGUACAAGAGCAGCUAGAGGCAGGACAUAUAGUUCCCUCUACUAGCCCAUGGAAUACCCCAAUUUUUACCAUCCCAAAGAAAAAUGGGAAAUGGCAUAUGUUGCAUGAUCUACGUGUGAUCAAUGCAGUAAUGCAUGAUAUGGGAGCCUUACAACCUGGAUUGCCCUCCCCGGUAAUGAUUCCAGUAGAUUGGAACAUUUUUAUUAUUGAUCUGAAAGAUUGUUUUUUUACUAUACUGUUACAUCCUGAAGAUCAAGAGAAGUUUGCUUUUACAGUACCAUCAAUAAAUAAGGCAGAGCCUGCACGAUGGUAUCAAUGGACAGUUUUACCACAGGGAAUGAAAAACUCUCCCACCAUGUGUCAACAUUUUGUUGCUUGGGCUUUGAAACCAAUCAGAGAAAGAUUUGCUCAAUUUCUGAUCUAUCACUAUAUGGAUGAUAUAUUGAUUGCAGGGGAAAAUACGAAUUCUGAUCAAGUCCUCAAGGAAUUAAUACCAUGUUUGGAGAAGAAGAGACUUAAAGUAGCCCCCGAGAAAAUACAAAAAAGUUCUUCCUGGAACUACCUUGGUUGGGUUAUCACUGACACUCAGGUUAGGCCGCAGAAAAUAACAUUAAAAAUGGACAUUCCUACAUUAAAUGAUGCUCAGAAACUAGUAGGUGACAUUCAAUGGAUAAGAAAUUUGUUUGGGGUUUCAAAUGAGGACUUAGCACUGUUAUUGCGGCUUUUAUCUACUAGCACUAAUGUAGAUGACAAACGACAGUUGUCCGUAGAGCAGACAGAAGACUUACAAUGUAUGAUGGAUAAAAUUGUGAAUUCUAAGGCAGCACAAUAUGACCCUGACCUAUUGAUACAGCUGAUAGUUAUAAAUGGCGAGAAGAGUAGUGAUUAUCCAUUUGCAUUAUUUGCACAGUGGGAUCCGGCACUGAAAGAUCCUUUGUGA